GAGGAAAGACGUUCGUCAGGCGGAUCAUUCAUCCGUUCACUUCGACCAGUGGUGGACGCUAUCGUUCUGGUUAAGUGCAUCCUUCGAGGAGCUCGAGCUCUUGACGAAGAAUUACUGGUUUUUUUCCUGCAUCGAUGUUUUUCACCGAGGUGGCAGUCGUCGUGUGAUGACCUGGAGGUAAACUCGAUGGAGAACAUGGCUCGUUACGGCAGCGAGAGAUCCCUGAAUUCCCUGCAACCGAUGCAUCCAGGUCACUCAACUUACGCUGCCGCCCCGACGUCUCCAACGACGCCGACAACAACAACGUGCUCUAUCACCCUGACCAAGGUCACUACCAGUUCUAUCCACGUGCCAACUGACGGGUCACCUGACAGUCCUAUAGCUGCCACCUCGCCGCCGUCGUCGCUGGACUCCCGUAUACCGAGGCCAUCGCCGUCGGCUCUGCGUCGGGCCGCGAGUCUGCGCUUGCGCGGCGAACGGAAACUACCACCACAUCAUCCGCGAGCCACCACCACCGCAGCCCUGAUCGGCCAUCAACACCAUCACCGUCGUCAGAACCACCUCCUGCAGUCGUCGCAGCAGCAUCAGCAUCCGGAUCAUCGUAUCUUUCCGGUCAUCACGGAGAAUGGAACCGACUCGCCGCGACAACGAUCCCUCAGUCUCUCACUGACACCGGUGAGGCCGCGGCCAGGUCACGCGGCCUCUGGAGGAUCGACGACAGGAAUUGCCAACGACGACAGCGAUGUUGAGAGCGUGAAGAGUUAUAGUAGCGCUUGCAGCACGGCGAGCGCCUGCGAGCACGCUUCCUUCGCGUUGAACGGCACCACCUGGUCCGGUCGAUCGCGAAAAUAUGUCGUGCACUGCUCGAAUCACGUCGGCGACAACGAACAGUAUCUCACGCCUACUCAGAGAGCGGCCAGACAAGUGAGGAGGUUUCAGGCUCUGUUGAAAGAGGCGCGUAAGGAGAUCGAGGAGAAGGACCGAGAGCUGUUGCGUUUGACGAAGGAGGUGGUGGAAUUGAGACUGUACAAGGCGUCUCUGAACAGUCCGGAUGAACGAACGGACAGCAGCGACGCCCUCACCGUGCGUGAGAACAAUCCCUUCUCGCCAGAAUCACCGAGCAAGGAUCUUCCGGAUGAGAGCGUCGCGGAAAAAGCCGUCACCAGCCCGGAAACGCCGGAGAAGCGUUUACACACGGAUCUUGCCCCAUCGUUGGCCGAUUCCGGACACUUUGAAGAUGGUUCCGUCCAUUCGAAAGACUCUGUAUGCUUGCCUGAGCCGCAGCCGGAGAUCAGACCGACUAAUGUAGUACAAUCUAGUGAUAUUGUUCCCGAUACGAUUUCUAUAACGCCGACGAGCAUCGAGCGAGACGAGGAGAGACGUCGAUUGGUUAGUCAUUACGAGAAUAGAAUCGAAGAUAUGCAUAGGCGGCACGUUGACGAGCUGCAGGAUGUCAAGCAGAAGCACAAUGACAAGGUAAAGGUGGAAAGUUUGCUGAAUCAAUUGUCUGAUGUGAACACACGUUAUUGCGAAAUGCGACCAGCCUUGGAUAUCGCGGAGGCUCAUGCGCGUGAAUUAGAAGCGGAAUUGGAGGCUGUGAAAACUGAGCUUAGUGAACAGAAAGAGCUCUUGAACGAGCAGGAGGAAAGAAAUAAGCAAAUGUACCUGAAAAUGUAUGCCAAAGGUCAAGAAGCCGCGCGCAUUGAACAAGCUGAUCAGAUAUUCGUGCAAGCGCAUCAAUCACCGCCUAAAGUCACCGUCGCGGAACUUCUUCAACAGCUAACCGUCACGCAAGCUGAAUUAGAAAAUAUUAAGGACACAAGCUACUCGCCUGAACCUCACAUUUCAGCCGAACAUUGCCAAAGUUUAUUAAGCGCUCAGGAGGCUGUUUCUCUUUGGGUCCUUGGCACACGUAAGGCAAUGUAUCGGCGUAUUGUAGAGGCGAAAAGCAGUCAGGGUUCUCUCGAUCCAGAAAUUACCCUGCAGUUCCUAAAAUCAGCGAUCUAUUAUUUUCUAACGGAUAAGGAGAAUCAUCACGGUCACUUAAAUGCUAUUGAAAGUAUCCUGGGCUUCACGGACGCAGAGAAACAUAACAUCGAUAAGCUCUAUCGAUCGGCGAGGAAGUAGCGCUUUUUAAAAUUCUUCAAUAUUAAGCAAUAUUAUCGCUGUUGACAAGUGGUGUUACAUUACCAGGUUUAACACCUAAACGAGUUUUAUUUAGUUUAUUGACAAAUCAAAUUUUUAACAUAAACAUUUUAGUAUGUGUGUUUGAGAAAGAUCUGUAUUAACUUAUUUAUUUAUUUCUUGAGGGUAUUUUUAAUUAGUAAAAUGAAAGAA